GCGAACGAUUGCGUUCUUGUUCACGCACCUUCGUUAUUGAUCGUGACGAUUUUAAGUAAUCGUUCAGACGUUUGAAAUCAUAUAAUUAAAAACGCUCGCUAGUCUAAUACUCUCCGACACUUGCAAUGGCGGAGGAUUUGGAUGUCGAGGCAAUGCUGGAGGCGCCAUACAAGAAAGGGGAGCAGGACUCCUCAUCCAAAGACAAAUCCUCCAAGGAGAAUGGGUCUAGCCGUAAAACAUCUGGGAAAAGUAAACAUCGUUCUCGUUCCCGUUCUCGAUCGCGAGACCGUAGGGAAAAGGAUCGUCGCGAUCGCGAUAGAGAUAGAGACAGGGAUCGUGACAGGGACAGAGAUCGCGAUCGGGAUCGUGAUCGUCGACGCAGAUCAAGAUCAAGAGAUCGAAGAGAUCGUGACAGAGAGAACCGAGAUGGCGACAGGGAUAGGGAACGACGAGACAGAGACCGGGAUCGAGAUAGAAGAAGAAAACGAUCGCUUACACCAAUAACACUUCCCAGAGCAAGGCCACCAUUUGGAAAAGGUGUCAGCCCCCUUGGAAUUAGAAAUGAUGAGUUAACGCCAGAAGAACGGGAUGCUCGGACAGUAUUUUGCAUGCAGUUAAGUCAGCGCAUCCGUGCACGGGAUUUAGAAGAGUUCUUCUCCAGCGUUGGCAAAGUUCAAGAUGUACGGCUCAUUACGUGCAACAAGACAAGGAGAUUUAAGGGUAUAGCUUACGUUGAAUUCAAGGAUCCUGAAAGUGUUACACUAGCUCUUGGAUUGUCUGGACAAAAACUUCUUGGUGUUCCUAUAGUGGUACAACACACUCAAGCCGAAAAAAACCGUAUGGGCAAUUCUAUGCCUAAUCUUAUGCCAAAGGGUCAGACAGGGCCUAUGAGAUUGUACGUUGGAUCUCUUCACUUUAACAUUACCGAAGACAUGCUUCGUGGCAUUUUUGAACCUUUCGGAAAAAUUGACAAUAUUCAGUUAAUUAUGGACCCUGAAACCGGCCGGAGCAAAGGCUAUGGAUUCUUAACAUUUCGAAAUGCUGACGAUGCGAAGAAAGCGUUGGAACAAUUGAACGGGUUUGAACUUGCUGGUAGACCCAUGAAAGUCGGUAAUGUUACAGAACGUACAGACUUAAUACAAGGACCUUCGCUUCUAGAUACCGACGAACUAGAUAGAAGUGGUAUUGACUUGGGUGCUACUGGAAGGUUACAGUUAAUGUUCAAAUUAGCAGAAGGGACUGGUCUUGAAAUCCCUCCCGCAGCAGCGAAUGCUUUGAAUAUGGCACCAGUUAUGUCUACGCCACAGCCACCACCGCAAGCGGCCCCCCCUAUAGCCACGCAAUGCUUUAUGUUAUCGAAUAUGUUCGAUCCGCAAAACGAAACAAAUCCGAACUGGGCGAAAGAAAUUCGCGACGAUGUUAUCGAAGAAUGCAACAAGCAUGGAGGUGUGUUGCACGUGUAUGUGGACCAAGCAUCUCCUCAGGGUAAUGUUUACGUCAAGUGUCCGUCAAUUGCGACGGCGGUCGCUGCUGUUAACUCGUUACACGGUCGAUGGUUCGCGGGUCGCGUGAUUACUGCCGCGUAUGUACCAGUUGUAAAUUAUCAUUCAUUAUUUCCGGACGCGAUGACCGCCUUACAAUUGUUAGUCCCAAGCGCGCCACGAAGAGGAAUGUGAUCUUAAAUAUCAAAAGACGGCGUACGAACCUGUAAAUUCCUAUAGUAUUAAAUCUUUUCUUGUCGAUAUUAACGUAAAAAGAGGGAGGUUUUGUUACUAUAAUAAUAUGGUUUGAAUAUCAAUGUAACAGAACCAUAUAAGAAUGAGGUCGCGUAUACGCGUGGCCAGUCGUUCCUUCAGAAAUGCAAGUGUUCUUCGUUUUGUUUUCAACGGAAACUUGAUAAAUAUUUUGCAAUGUGUCUUGCAAAAACACUUGCAUCUUACGAAGCACACACACACACACACACACACUCUAAUGUUAGUAAUCUUGACCAAUUAAUACACAAUUAAUGCAAAAACGUUGUUCUUCGUACACGUAUUAGAUGUUGCAUUCAAUAUAUGAACAUAG